AUGUCUUUAUCAAGCAGUGGAGCUUCGAAAGGUGUGACAUUUGGGGAGGCCAUGAAGAAGCGUUUAGCGUUAGAGUUAGAAAAGUACGAGGGAUGCCAUAAGGGACCGCUGGAUAUAAGAGAGACAGUAUCCGAAAGAAGAUAUGGGCUAGGAUAUACUUCACAAAUCAAAUGUAUGCAUUGCGAAAAAGUGAACUCGAUCAGAAAUAGUGACGUGCGUGAAAAUGGUAACAGACGGGGCCCCAAAACCUGUGAGUUGGAUGAGUGGUGCAUUCUAGGUGCUAUUCACUCGGGGAAUGGAAAUACGCAAAUGGAGCAUAUCUUCGCGCCGAUCGGCUUACCGUUUCUAAGCCACAGUGCAUACAAGAAAGUGGAGAGAAGAGUAGGUAAGGAGAUCGAGAGCGUGGCACGGGGCAGUUGCGCCAAUUGGCUGGACGAGGAGAAAAGGCUUUCCCAGGGUGCCGAUGUCGUCAUGUCAUACGACAUGGGUUGGCAGAAGAGGGGACAUUACAGGGAACAGCGGUCGGGGCUCUGACGGGGAAAGUGUUGAUUACGAGGUAACAAACCUUGCUUAUGCCGGGUGUGUGAUUACAAGGUAACAAACCUUGCUUGCCGGGUGUGUGAUUACGAGGUAACAAACCUUGUUUGUCGGGUGUGUAAUUACGAGGUAACAAACCUUGCUUGCCGGGUGUGUGAUUACGAGGUAACAAACCUUGCUUGCCGGGUGUGUGAUUACGAAGUAACCAACCUUGCUUGCCGGGUGUGUAAUUACGAGGUAACAAACCUUGCUUGCCGGGUGUGUAAUUACGAGGUAACAAACCUUGCUUGCCGGGUGUGUGAUUA